CCUAGUCUCAGUCUCAUUGUCAGGUGGCUCGUUUCGUUAUUUUUCCUAAUUUUGUACUUUUAACCGAUUUCGGCUCGAAAAUGGUGGAAACGCACGAGAAUCAGGACGCUGAUGAAGAUGUUAUCGUGAUGUAUCAACAGCGGUUGCAGACCUUUGGCGACAAAGGCUUGUGGUUUGAGAUCGGACCGGCUUCCCGAGAAAAUAUGGCUAAACACGGAUUCUUCUGUCAAAACAAUGAGAACAGAAAAAAUAAGACUGUCCAUUGCGCGUACUGUCGCCAGGAAUUCGCCAAUUGGGCCAGGCAAGAUGAUCCCAAAGUGCGGCAUUUGGAAGAGAGUCCUGAUUGUCUAUUUGCGAAAUGUGGGAAGGAGGAAGGAGACCUGACCGUCAAAGAGUUUCUGGAAAUCGAGCUUGCUACAAAGAUCUCUCUCAUGGAAAAUGAUAUAGAGCGACGAAAAGCUGCUGUCGUGCAAGCCUAUGCCGAAAUUGAAGCCCUGGAAAAUGAGUGACGCAACGAAACCAAAAUUACUAAUUUGACGAAAAAUUGGAAUACAUUAAAUUUCAAUUAAGAAUAAUUUUAAAUGUCAGCUCAAUGUAUAUAAACAGCAAAGACUUACGUGAUAAAUUAAUAACUACCAUAAUUUUCUGGUGCCGUCUCAUUUUUUUAGGGAUCAGUGAUCCAUUUCAUAUUUUGAAAACGAUUUUGGUAUCUAUCUGUAGUAUGGAACACUGAGUUUUAACACUUGUCUGAGAUGCCACUGAUUCCGCUCACAAUAGAUUAGAAUUUGUGGGAAGAAAAUAACUCACUUGGAUUGCUGAAGUAAAAAUAUUGCAGUGUAAUGCAAAUUAUAAUUAAAAUAAAACUUUCUGUAAUUGAAUAAAAAAUAAUUAUUUCAAUUUCUGAAAGAAAUAAAAUUACAUUUUUUAAA